GAGAGAAAAACAAGCAGGAUGGGAUUUCAUAAUCUAAAGCUGUUAACUGGACAAUUAACUCCAAUAUGCAAGUGGAGCAGAACUUACCAAAGUGAGACACCUUGUGACAAGCUGUCCGUUUUGUGACCAUUUGGGUUCACCUGGGUGCAGCCCUGGCUGGGCUCUGGUGCUGCCCAAGGUGGAUGCAUUGAGGAGAUCCUUUUCAUAAAUCCCUGCUUUAUUCUUGAGCUCUGUCCAGCCUCUGCUCUAGGUCAGCCUUCCCAAGGCAUUAAAACAGCUGGGAACUCAUCUGAGCAGACAGCAGCUGGCAGGAGCUGGGGUGAUUAAAUGAUGUGUAACUGAGAAUCCUCCGGGGUCAGAGCACUUAGGGCAGCCAGAAAAACCCCACAGAGGGAUCCCUCCCUGGCAACAGCACACAGGUCCUGCAGCAGGGAGGGAAACACUCAGGAACAGCACACAGGGAAAUGUUCAGGAACAGCACACAGGUCCUGCAGCACACAGGGAAACACUCAGGAACAGCACACAGGUCCUGCAGCACACAGGGAAAUGUUCAGGAACAGCACACAGGUCCUGCAGCACACAGGGAAAUGUUCAGGAAUAGCACACAGGUCCUGCAGCACACAGGGAAAUGUUCAGGAACAGCACACAGGUCCUGCAGCACACAGGGAAACACUCAGGAACAGCACACAGGUCCUGCAGCACACAGGGAAACACUCAGGAACAGCACACAGGUCCUGCAGCACACAGGGAAAUGUUCAGGAACAGCACACAGGUCCUGCAGCACACAGGGAAAUGUUCAGGAACAGCACACAGGUCCUGCAGCACACAGGGAAAUGUUCAGGAACAGCACACAGGUCCUGCAGCACACAGGGAAACACUCAGGAACAGCACACAGGUCCUGCAGCACACAGGGAAAUGUUCAGGAACAGCACACAGGUCCUGCAGCACACAGGGAAAUGUUCAGGAAUAGCACACAGGUCCUGCAGCACACAGGGAAAUGUUCAGGAACAGCACACAGGUCCUGCAGCACACAGGGAAACACUCAGGAACAGCACACAGGUCCUGCAGCACACAGGGAAACACUCAGGAACAGCACACAGGUCCUGGAGCACACAGGGAAAUGUUCAGGAACAGCACACAGGUCCUGCAGCACACAGGGAAACACUCAGGAACAGCACACAGGUCCUGGAGCACACAGGGAAAUGUUCAGGGACAGCACACAGAAUUCACAGAAUUUCACCAAAUUCACAGAAUGACCAUGUUGGAAGAGACCUUCAAGGUCAUCGAGUCCAACCCAGCCCCAGCACCCCAGCUGAACCCUGGCACCCAGUGCCACAUCCAGGCUUUGUUAAACACCUCCAGGGAUGGGGACUCCACCACCUCCCUGGGCAGCCAUUCCAGAACUUUCAUCCAGCAGCACACAGGGAAACGCUGGGACCUGCCGGGGUGGCUCCUCCUGCCCCAGUGACAUCAGGGGACAAUGACCUGCCUGGCUGUCCUGUCCUUGUCACCUCCUCAUGCCCCAGGGGCCACAGGCACCCCAAAAGGAUCCCACUCCUCCUGCUCCAGUGACAUCAGGGGACAAUGACCUUGCUGGCUACCCCACUCCCUUGCGUGUCCUUGUCACCUUCUCCUGCCCCAGUGACAUCAGGGAACCACGUCCUUGCUGGCUGCCCUGUCCUUGUCACCUCCUCCUGCCCCAGUGCACCCCAAAAGGAACCCUGAAAGCUUUACUGGGCCCCAGGACGUGCCCCAGUCCCACAGCUCCUCCUGUCCAGCUGCUGGACAGCCUUGGCACCUGGGGCCACCCCCAGGGGUGACACAGAGGCCACAGAUUGACCAGUUUAAGGAAAAACCUCGUGUGGGGUCUGUUCCCAACACCCAGCUCUGAAAGUGCCCCAACCUCUGACAGCCACAUGCUGGAAAAUCUCCUAGAAAUGGGUUUUUCUCUGCUCACUCCGCUCCAAAGUUUUGCUCCAGUCUCUGUUCUUGACCCUUGCAGGAAAAAAAGGAACUCUGGAUCCCCUCUGAUGCUUUUAUGGCUCCUGGAGUGGAACCCCACAGCUCCAACUCAACACCUGAAUUAAUUCACCCCUGCUGAACCAGCAGACACUGCUCUUAAAUCAGCAUUUAUUUCAGAGCUAGAGGGGGGGGAAAAACCCUCUCAAAGGGAUUUUGGGACACGUUUAUGAA